AUGGCCUGCAACAGCCUCUGCCGACCCUGCGGACCCACCCCGCUGGCCAACAGCUGCAACGAGCCCUGUGCCCUGCAAUGCCAGGACUCCCGCGUCAUCAUCAACCCUUCCCCUGUGCUGGUCACCCUGCCAGGACCCAUCAUGACCUCCUCGGCUGCCGUGGGCACUGAACUCAAUGCCCAGGGACAGCCCAUCUCUGGGGGAUUUGGCUUUGGCCUUGGCUAUGGGCUGGGAGGCCUGGGCUGUGGCUAUGGCAGAAGGGGCGGCUACAUCUGCUAA